AUGGAGAAAAUAAAUAGCAAUUGUCAAAAGAUAUCUAUUGACCCCAAACUAAAUAUUAAUAGUAACCAAUAUGUUUGGACAGAAUUGGAAACCGGGAAUUUCAUUACUGUUCAGCGAUUAAUCAACCAUAAAACUCUAGUUAGUGGAGAAUAAGGCAUUAAUGAAACAAAAUAGGAAUUCAUUUCAAGGAAAAAGAUUCAAUCAUAAAAUUUGGAGAUAAAUUAAACAGCCUAUCAUAAAAAACAUGGCUAUGUUAUAUUGGAAAGAGACAACAAUGUUCAGGCUAAAAUAGAUAUGGGCUCCAAUAUUGACUUAACGAAAUUGCCAAAUACAUGGGAAUGUGUAGUAUUGAAUGCAUCCGACUAAAAGAUAGAUUAGCAAUAAAAAAUUGAAGAGCCUAAAAAAGUUAAUAUCAAAGCAAGUGAAUUAAACUUUUUGAUAUAGAUAGAGACAGUAUGCACUAUCGAAAAUCAAGUGACUAUUUAAAAACACAAAGUUAAUAUCAAAGAUCCAAUUCUUUCGCUGAUUCAACCGAUGAGAAAACUUUACCUGAGCAAAUUAUCAGCAUUUUUAUUUGAAAAAGAACUAGACUUAAACAAGACUUUUAUUUAAGAGUAGAUUGACAACAAUUAAAAAAUUGUUUUGCACGGAGUAAGAACUGAUUAAAGUCUUGAAGCUGAAUAAUCUAAAUUCUUUCAAAGAUUCACAAGCUGCAAUAGAGAAGGAGGAUGGGGAUAAUAUGGUGAUAUGGAUGGUAUUAAAAUAUUGUGCUAUAAGAGUAUAAUGUUUUAAGGUGUAGGAAUAUUUGAGGAAUCUAAUACAGAUUAACCUGAGCCAUUCACUCUGUCAUAUAAGUAUUCACUCAUUGAUUAAUUUGGAAGUGAUAUUUACAAGAGCGAAUUAAUAAAAGAAGAAGUUAAAUACUCUUCAGCUGAUGUCAAUGAAUUGCACUUCUUCAAAUAUAAAUUCAAGACAUUUCCAAAAGGUAUUAAAGUUGAGGCAGGCUAAACCAUUUACUAUUAAUAAUUAACUUCUUUGCCGUAGACAUAUUAUUCUGAUUCAGGAUUAGAAUAUGAGAUGAUUUAAAAUCCAGACAUGGGUAUUUUCAAAUUGAAAAACGGAGAAAAUAGUGAAAGCUCAACCUCUGUUAGUGAUGGUCUUAUUCCUGGAUUUCUCUACUAACUAUGUUGA